GGGGGGCAGCUGUCCCCAGGGCGGGCGGGCCGGGCCCUGCAGCCACGGCCCGGUCCCCGCGGCGGGGUCUCCAGGGCCGGUCCCCGCGGCCGGUCUGUAGGGGAGGGCCCCAGGGCCGGCUGCCCGGGGCCGGUCCCGGGCGGGGACCCGGCGCUGCAUUCUCACAGUCUCCAGCAGAGGCUGGGCUGGGCUGGGCAGGGCUGGCGGGGAAGGAGGGAAGGAAGGAGCCGAGGCAGCGAGGGAGAGGAAGGCGGCUCUCGCCGCACAUGCAUCCCCAGCCGCGCUGCCCGCCGCCCGCGCCCCGCCUCGCGCCGUGCCCGCCCGGUGCCGCCAGCCGGUGCCAGCAGCCGGUGCCAGCAGCCGCCCCGCUGCCCGCCGCGCCGGGGCUCCGCGCCGGGGCGAUCCGCCGGCGCCGCGCACGAUGCCGCGGGAGGCCGAGCGCCCCGUGCGGGGGGGCCGCGGCCGCCGCCCCAGGCUCCUGGGGAUGCUGCCAGCUGCCCUGCGCCUCCCUGCGUGACCCAGCAGAGGAUGGAAGUGACCGGCAUCAGCUGGGCAGAGGACCCUUCGCCGGGUGCUGGGAUGUCACGUGCCUGAAGGUGGGAGUUACAAAUGGGUUUGUGAACGACGUGUGCGGCACAGGGGCCUGUGCUGCUGGACCCUUCACUCAGUAGUCCAGGGCCACCGUGGGACAGGGAGACGUUGGUCACAGCAGCUCCUCCUGUUAACUCCUCUAUGAAACCUUAUGUGGAAAACUUGCCUUCACUGCCAGUGGAUGACGGUUGCGGCUGCCUGUGCCCCGCACGCCGCUGCGGAGCUCCUUGUGCGGGGUGGGCAGCAGGCUGUGCGUGACCCCGCUCCCCAGCGAGACCCGCAGCCGAGCACGGAGCCGUGCAGCUCUGUCCUUGGGGACAAAUGCCAGCUACCAGACUCUUCUCUGGAGACCCAGGAGCAGCCUGCGAGACACCAGCACUGACUGCUCUCGUGCUAGCAGCGGCCAGUCCAGGACGCCUGUUGUCACAGAUGUGACUCCAGCCUGCUGGAACAGGAGCGCUUCAGCCGCAGAACACGGCAUGCAGCAGGGAUGGGGAUGCUCUGUGUGGACCGAUGAGCCCCAAGGUGCUUGUGUGGACUUCCCUUCUCCUCUUCCUUAAAGGAUGCUAGUCACCUGUCCAAAAGCUCCUGCCCAUGCAGCCUCCUAGAGUGCAAUGGCGAAGGGUCUGCAGGGCUUCUCAUGGACCAUGCUGCUGCUGCUCUGUGCCAUCCAGGAGCUGGGGACCUGGGCCAUGCACACUGCUGUGGAGGAACCUGGCCUGGGGCAGCCGGCGGACCCUGCGCUGCUGGCUGGUGGGCGAGUGAAGCGUGGCUGGGUUUGGAAUCAGUUCUUUGUGGUGGAGGAGUACACGGGCACGGAGCCACUGUAUGUGGGGAAGAUCCACUCGGACUCGGAUGAGGGGGACGGCUCCAUCAAGUACACUAUCUCCGGGGAGGGCGCAGGGACUAUCUUCCUCAUCGAUGAGAUCACAGGUGACAUCCAUGCAACUGAGCGCCUGGACCGGGAGCAGAAAACCUUCUACACACUGCGAGCGCAGGCCCGUGACCGGCAGACGGACCAGCUGCUGGAGCCCGAGUCAGAGUUCAUCAUCAAGGUGCAGGACAUCAAUGACAGCGAGCCGCGCUUCCUGGAGGGGCCCUACAUCGGCAGCGUGGCUGAGCUGUCCCCCGUCGGCACCUCUGUGAUGCAGGUGAUGGCAUCCGAUGCUGAUGACCCCACGUACGGGAGCAGUGCCCGGGUAGUCUACAGCGUGCUAGAGGGCGAGCAGCAUUUCACUGUGGACAGUAAAACAGGUGUGAUCCGCACAGCCGUGGCUGACCUGGACAGGGAGACGCAGGACCGGUAUGAGGUGGUGAUCCGCGCCACGGACAUGGCAGGACAGCUGGGUGGCCUGUCCGGAUCCACCACAGUCACCAUCGUCAUCACCGAUGUCAAUGACAACCCGCCGCGCUUCCCUCAGAAGAUGUAUCAGUUCAGCAUUGUUGAAACUGCCCCGGUGGGCACUGCCAUCGGGAGGGUGAAGGCAGAGGACUCUGACGUCGGGGAGAACACGGACAUGACGUACCAAGUGAAGGAUGAGGAGGGGGUGGAGAUGUUCAGAGUCACCACGGACAGCAAUACCCAAGAGGCUAUCAUCACGGUACAGAAGCCUCUUGACUACGAGUCAAAGAGAGUGCACACUGUCGUGGUGGAGGCCCUCAACAAGUUCGUGGACCCGCGGUUUGUGGACCUGGGCACCUUCCGGGACCAGACCAUUGUGCGAGUCUCGGUGCUGGACGUCGACGAGCCCCCUGAGUUCCGUCCCACGUCCCACCUGAUGGAGGUCCAGGAGGAUGCUCACGUUGGCUCUGUCGUGGGGGUGGUCACCGCGCUCGACCCGGACAUGGCGAACCAUCCUGUCCGGUACGCCAUCGACCGCAGCACCGACACAGAGAGGAUCUUUGAUAUCGAUGCCAACACAGGUGCCAUUGUGACAGGAAAGGUCCUGGAUCGGGAGACGGCGGGAUGGCACAACAUCACUGUCCUGGCGAUGGAAGCAGAUAAUCACUCACAGGUGUCGAGAGCCUCUCUGCGUAUUCGUAUCCUGGAUGUGAAUGACAAUCCUCCCGAGCUCGCCACCCCCUAUGAAGCUGCUGUGUGUGAAGACGCCAAGCCAGGCCAGCUGAUCCAGACAAUAAGUGUUGUGGACCGUGACGAACCUCAGAGUGGCCAUCGCUUCUACUUCACGCUGGCACCUGAAGCCAACAGCCAUUUUUCUCUGCUGGAUGUUCAGGACAACACAGCUGCGGUGCACACACAGAGAAUGGGCUUCAAUCGCCAGGAGCAGGAUGUGUACCUGCUCCCCAUUUUGGUGGUGGACAGUGGCCCCCCAGCCCUCAGCAGCACGGGGACUCUCACCAUCCGCAUUUGCAGCUGUGACAGCAACGGGGCCAUCCAGUCCUGCAACAGCACAGCCUACGUCGUGUCAGCCACGCUGAGCCCCGGUGCCCUCAUCGCGCUGCUGGUGUGCAUCCUCAUCCUGGUCGAGUCCAUCCGUUUGUCUGUCCAGCCGUGCAUUCAUCCAUCUGUCCCUCUUGUCUCUGCGGUCAUGCUGCAUGGGAAAGGCAGCUCUGGGUCUGCACCGAAGCCUGGGCAAACCUCUCUCCAAGCCAGUGACGUGGCACAGCUGCUGCUUGACAGGCCUGGCAGCCAGGAGCAGGCUGACACGCCGGCAGUCUCGCCACAGGGCCGGCCGUGCCAGAGGGUGCUGUGCCCUGCACCCUGUGCCCAGCACGAGCCAUCCUUGCCUGCAGCAGCACCGCUCGCACAGCCCCUGCGUCCAUCUGACCGUCUCUUCCUUUCCCAGUGCUGGUCCUUCUGAUCCUCACACUGAAGCGGCACCACAAAAGCCACCUGACAUCGGAGGAUGACGAGGACAUGAGGGACAAUGUCAUCAAAUACAAUGACGAAGGGGGCGGCGAGCAAGACACAGAGGCCUAUGACAUGUCAGCCCUGCGCAGCCUCUAUGACUUCAGUGAAAUCAAAGGUGGUGACGGAGGUGGGGGGCUGGGAGAGGGGCCUCUGUGCAGGAACCCAGCCUCUGAGCUCCAUGCCCUCCCGCAGUGGGUGCAGAGCCCGGACCUGGACUUCUCCGUCUUCAGAGACUAUAUCUGCAGGAAGGUGGAGCAGGCGGACGAGGACCUCUCGGUGCCGCCCUAUGACUCGUUCCAGACCUAUGCCUUUGAGGGCUUGGACUCCCCCGUGCCCUCCCUGAGCUCCAUCAACACCUGGUCCAGCGGCUCGGAGCAGGACUUCUCCUACCUGGGGGGCUGGGGGCCACGCUUCCGGCAGCUGGCAUCGCUCUAUGCCGGGCGCAGGGGUGAGGAGGAUGGCGAGGAGUCCUAGCUGUCCCACCAACCCCCGUCAGGUUCCUGGCACCUCCUGGACCAGAGCUCCAUGACACAAGGUGACACGUGGGGACAUGGUGUGCUGCUGGAGAGGGCCUGUGCCGAGAGGCCGGGGAGCACCGGGCAACGUGCACCUUGGUGCUGCCUCCUGUUCCAUGGGGCUGGGGUGCCCAAAGGAGACUCUACGGCCAGCCGUCAUCAUCUCUUUAAUACCAGUCUCCAUUAAAGCACUACACAUUAAUUUAAGAAAGAUAAAAUCUAAUUCAAGAGAGUUUGGAGGGGGUUUCUACCCCACAUAUUAUCAUUUAAAUAGAUCUUUGCAGUGAGCCCAGUACAAGAGAGGAAGAGCAAACGGGAGCCUUUUGUUGUCUAAAUUGUUUUUGUCACUUGAGUCAGAGCAUUCAAAGUGCUUUGAUUUCUUUAAGAGCUUUUCUUGCAGAGGGAAACGAGCUUUUAACUUCUGUUCAGCUUUUUCCCCCUUAAGUAGCUCGCUUUGGAGUCCGUCUCUCUGUGGGCUCCUCGGCAGCGCCCGACAGCUGGCGCGGCAUCCAGGGAUCACGCCGGGCUGGGGACACGGGCUCUGCGGUUGCGUCCUGCAUGGAGCCACUGCUGCACUAGAGAUCACUCAAAACAGUCUUGGCCUCUAAGCUGCAAUUGCUUCGCCUUGGUUGUUAGUCCUUUCGUGUGGUUAUCAAAGAUGCUUGUGGUUUGCAGGGGUCUCUCCCUCCCUGCACGGCAGAUGUUGUCUGUGAGGUCCCCAUGUGCUCCAUGGCCCCGGCAGUGGACGGGGACAUCCCGCCUGCCGCAUGGGGCUGUGGCCGGAGCCGUGGAGCAGCCCCGGUGCUGGGGAGCUCUUGGGGCACCGAGCAGCACCCAGGCUGGGCUGGCUCUGCUGGGCUCUUGACUGAGUGCUGGAUUCCUACCAGACGCUGUGGGCCGCGCAGGGCAGAGGAAUGUCAGCACGGCCUGGCCUGCGGGUGGGGACAGCCGCGUCCCAGCUAAAGGGCCAUGCUGCAGGGUGUGAGAGGACUCCAGCCCCCUGUUCUGGAGACAGAGUUCCUGCUUACACCCACUGACAGCAAAACAUCACUGUUGACAAUAGAAAAGCCAUCCCCAGGGCAUGCAUAAGGCCAAAUCCUGCUGGUGCUGCUGUGUGGCCAAGCCAGUUGCUGCAGGCUGGGCAGUGGGUCUGUGACACCCUGGGGUACCCGGGUGUCCCCACCCUGACGCAGUGCCCUGCAAGGAACCUGCACGAGCUCUCACAGCGGGGCCACCUUUGCAUGAAACCUCUGGGAGGCCGGCAGGAUGUGCCGUUGCUCCUCAGGCUGCAGCUGGUGCCUCCGGGAAGCGCCCCGUGCCCUGCGCCUUUCCAGCCUGUGGACACUGAGCAGCCUCUCAGGCCGUGCUGCAGUGGCAGCUCCCUAUCUGUUCACGUUGGAAAGAAAAUCAGUCAUAUCAUGGAUAGGUAACUGGUAAGGUCUCCCAAGGCCUGACACAUCCUGGGUUUGUCGGUGGGUUUGUCCUUUUAGUUGAGCCACAGUGUUUUCUCUCCUUGGAGAAUGUUUUAACUGUAAAUGUACACGUGUGUUCUUUUUUUGCUGUGUUUUGCUUCCCAGCUGCUGGUGUUGGUCCUUCGGCUGCAGCGCGAGGCCUGACAGCAGAGAGGGGCAGGACACGGCUUUGCCGUGGGUCCCGACCGCUGCCACUAUGUCCUCCCGCACAGGAGCCACCGCUUGGCUCUCGCGCUGGACCGGGCGCUGCUCGCUUCUCAGGGUCUCCCCGGUCCCCCAGGAGGUGGCAGGCGCCUGCUGCCAGCACCCGCACCGGCGUGCCGCUGGUUCACUGUGAUGAUGCUGGGGGAGCGGAGCCGACGAGCUGCUUCGCGUCGGCCAUUGAGUGCCGGCUCUGGCCGUGCCACCUUAGGCAGGUACUGCCCCGCGCCCCGGAGCAGGAGAAUGGAGAAAUCCCUCUCUUUCCUCAGGAAUGUGUUCGUGUUUUCCCUCCGGACUGAAGAGCUGUGCCCGAGCCCCUCUGGAGCUGGCCCUUCCUCUAGCAAAAGUGUUGUGCAAUAGCCAGGCUCUGUCCAUAGGAGAUGGGGUCAGACAGGGUCCGUGUUUAGCAACCCUCCCACCGGGUUAUUCCCCAUCCCUGACCAGCCAGUCCUCCCCAGCACGCAUGCACGCACGCUUGCGUUUUGAUUUCUGUCCCACAUGUAGAUAGGGGAGGAGCGCGGUGCCGAGCCAGCCGCCCGCGCGGGCAGGAGGAGCUGGCGGCUACCACCAUGUCUGAUGGAGUCACUUUGCUUUUCUUUCUCUACCCAAAUGAAAUUAGGAGGUUGAUUUCCUCACCCUUGUUAUUUUUUCAAGGUCUUUCUAGGACCUGGAAAUAAAUUAUUUCCUUGUCGUCUAGCCUGAGUCUUAUUGCUUCUUCUGUCUUGUUUCAUCUCCUCGUGCUGCUCUGUCCAUGUGGUCCCGCUGGUGCCUGCCCAGAGGGACCGGGCAGCCAAACUGCACACCAAGCAACUAAAGAAAGUCUGAGGAUGCAUCCUCAUGAUCUUCCCAUCUCAGCCAACAGAUUUCCUUAAUGUUCUUUAAAAACUGAAUCUUUAGUGUUGUUCUUUUGAGGUCCCAAGCAGCCUCGCAGCUGAAUUCUCACCAGCAUAGAUCCAGCUCAUGAGCAUCGUCCCAGCUCCAGUGCAGCUGGGCACUGUCAGCGGGUUUUGUUACCGUGACUCAUUCUCGUGUUGCUAAUGGUGUGUUACAGCGGUGUCAGUUAUUGGCUGCAGCAAAAAAUUCCCCCUCAUACUCAGUUUUAAUACUGAAAUGAUGCAAAUAAAUGGCACUCUAGCCUGACCAAAAGUAAA